UGCCAUUUCCCCCUUUCUUUAUGCCCCAUCACCGCUCACUGUCUCCAUUACCAACUCAUUUCCCCCCUUGUAUAUAAACCUCUCUAAACACCUUCUUCUUCUACAACUCCUCCAAACCUGGCCUUCAUCUUCAAUUGAAUACAUAUGGCUUCUUCUUCAUCUACCCUUACAAUAUCCCCAAGAAAGCUUCGAUCCGAUGUGUUUUUCUAUUCGUACCGAGAAGACUCAAACACCCCAUUGGUGAUCAAUGUUCUUGCCUCUCUCAUUGAGAGAAGUAUGGCAAGGAAUGAGAGGAUUGCCAAAAGCUGCAGAUGGGCUUUGUCCAAAGACAUCAGAACCCGGGUUUUUGACUGCCAUGAGACGCCGGACAUGACGAUCCAGUCCUUUCUAGAGAGGAUUUUCCGGUACACCAGAGCUGGACCGUCGGUUUAUGUUGUUGCAUAUGUCUAUAUCGAUCGGUUUUGCCAGAGAAAUCAAGGAUUCCGGAUCAGUGCCACAAAUGUGCAUAGGCUUCUCAUAACAACCAUCAUGGUGGCUUCCAAAUAUGUGGAGGACAUGAAUUACCGCAAUUCAUACUUUGCGAGAGUUGGGGGAUUAACAACAGAAGAAUUGAACGAGCUGGAGCUUGAAUUUGUGUUCUUAAUGGGCUUCAAAUUGCAUGUAAAUGUGAGUGUCUUUGAGAGCUACUGUUGCCACUUAGAAAGAGAAGUCAGCAUUGGAGGAGGUUACCAUAUAGAGAAGACUUUACGAUGUGCAGAAGAAAUCAAAGGGAGGCAGAAAGAAGGAAGAGGGUACAAUCAGAUUGCUCGUGUUAUGUUGUAGACUCGAAUGGGGAGUUUUACCCUUUUGUCAAUUUUAUUUACCCAUCAUGUUGGUAGGUAAUUACCGUGUACAGAGAAGUAAAUUUAGUGUCUUGGAAAUUGUUAAGGAUUUACAUGACCUUGGAGUAAUGUAAAACUAUUGUGGUUUGAUAUAGAUAAGAGGGAAAUAUAUGGUGACUUCUUUCUCUUCA